AAAUUGCUUGCCCCUGACCUUAAGCUUCAGCUCCCUCUCUUUCCCCCACUUUCCCUCUUUAACCCAUCCUCUCUAUAAAUACCACCUCUUCUCAUAUUCCCAUUCAUUCACUCACUCACAUUCAUUCACUCACUCACUCACACUCUCUCUCUCUCUCUCUCUCUCUCUCAAAUUCCCGUUCUCAAGGUGAGUUUAAGAUUUAUCAGUAAUUAGUCCAAGCUAAACACAGCAAUUCAUUUCCAAGGUACAAGUCUCUCUCUCUCAUGUUUUCUUCACUUCCUUUUUAAAAUUUCCAAUUCCUCUGGCUGUUUGUUUACCGAGAAAAUGUAAGAAAAAUGGAACUUCUGUUUCUGCUAUUUUUCAUUUUAGAUGGUGGUUGGGCCAUACAUCCAUGGUUUCAGUUUGAUUGUCAAAUUCAUCAAAGGUUAUAUCACCAUAGAUCUUGAUUUUUCUUUUGCUUUAUGCCCUAAUUUAUACCUCUUUUUGUGUCAAGCGGACUCAUCUACAAUCAAACGCGUUAAUCGAUUUAAGGGAUUCGAUGGGAUGAAGCACAGAAGAAGACGAAGAAGAGGAAAACAAGUUUUCUUAAUCUGCUGCUCCUCCUCGAAAACCGAUUCCGAGGUUGAGAGAAUUUCUAUUCAGGAAGAUGAUGAACGGCCUCCGUUUGAUAUCAAUCUUGCGGUUAUUCUAGCUGGCUUCGCCUUUGAGGCUUACUCAACUCCCCCUAAUCAGAACUACUCUCUCUCUCUGUCAUUUCUCUUGGUGAGAGCAAACACACCGCAUCAAUUACUAGGAGAGCAUCCAAGUGGAACGAAGCCAAUCGAGCAACGGUCAAGCACAGCUACUCACGCGCUCGCUGAUCAAGCGAAGAUCGGGCUCACUUCUCAAUUGCUACACUAUAAUUCGAAGGAACCUAGUUCAAGCAUACAAAGGAUACUUCAGAUAAAAAUAAUGGAGGUGGAGAAUAGGAGACAGUCAACAACAGAAGAUGGUUUGGAUUCCUUAAAUGCAAGGACAAUGGAGAGAAAGCCUGGAUGGAAGGCCGUUCUUUUCAUCAUAGGAAAUGAAACAAUCGAGAGGAUAGCGACAUACGGCAUGACAACAAAUUUCAUGGUGUAUUUGUUGAAAGUGUUCCAUUUGAGUCACGUUGGUGCUGCAAAAGUUAUCAUCAUAUGGUCUGCAGUGAGCAAUUUCAUACCAAUUAUUGGUGCUUCUCUUGCUGACGCCUAUUUAGAAAAAUUCAAAACCAUUGCUAUGGCAUCAUUUGGAACACUUGUGGGAAUGAUGAUAUUAACACUGACAGCAUGGGUGCCACAAUUUCAUCCUCCAAGUUGCUCUUCUCGGCACCAAGCAUGUGUUCCCCCUAACUACUACUCAGUUUGCCAUCGUAAUUUUGGGGCUGUCUUUGCUGGGUAUAGGCACAGGUGGAAUUAAUCCAUGCAGUAUUCCCUUUGCCAUUGAUCAAUUUGACACAACUUCCCCUAAUGGAAGCAAAGGAGUUAGCCGUUUGUUAAAUUGGUACUACACCACAUAGACACUGGUCCUGUUGAUCAAUAAUAUUAUAAUAGUUUACAUCCUAAACAAAAACUGGGCCAUUGGUUUUGGGAUACUAGCCCUUCUCAUGUUAGGUGCAAUAAUCACAAUUUUUGUCGGAAAAAGAACUUAUGUUAACCUUCCAGCAGAAGGGAACAUAUCAGUUGGUAUUGCAAAAGUGUUUGUUGCAGCUUAUAAGAAGCGUCACCUCAAAAACCCAACAAAUGAAGAGGAAGUUGUUUACUAUGAUCCCCCACUAAGAGAUGAUAAAGCAAUCAAGAUACCUUUAACCAAACAACUUAGGUUUCUAAACAAAGCUGCCCUGAUACAAGAUAAUGAAGUUAAUGCAGAAGGUUUGGUUACAAAUCCAUGGAGGCUUUGCAGCAUUCAACAAGUUGAAGAAGUCAAAUGUUUGAUUAAAAUAAUACCAAUCUGGUAUCUAUAAGAUAUUUUAUUUUCUUCUUUUAUUUUAAAAAAAAGGAGGGGUUGAAUUUAAUAAUCUAUAUCUGGAAUAUACUAAUGUAUAGACAGGCAGUUGACGUUUUAUUUGUUGUCUUAGAAAGAAAGUGCCUCUGUUAUUAUAGUUAGCUCUUAAACUCUUUUACAAUUAAUUGCAAUUCUAACAUAUUUAAAAUUAGAACUUUCAAAUGUAACUGCGAUUCUAUAGUCCAAAUGAAUCAUAGUGAAACUUCAACAUGUUUAUAUUCAGAAAUAGUGUUUACAUGUUCCCAUGCAUUGUAUCCUCGGAGCCUAUCAUUUGCUAUUAUUUGGAAUCAUUUGCUAUUAUCUUUUUUGUGGCAUACUCGUGGAU